CUAUCUUUUUCUUUCUAACUAAUCUGGACGGUAACCCCGAGUCGCGCCAACAAUUUUUUUGGCGGGUAUUCCUUCCUUUUCUCUUAUUUCAAUUGCAAUCCCUCUUUAGCUCACCAAUCUAUAACUUAUGAAAGUAUCUCACUUCAGCUUAAUCGCUUCUCCCUUCUCUCUAUUGCUUCCAAUCUCUCCUCUCGCUGAAACCUAGUCGGCGACUACGAGUCUUCCAUCCCAGAGGGCCAGCACUGUGAUUAAUGACCAUACACUGGUGAGAAAAAUACAAUUUCUACUUUCAUCCAAUGGAGUUACGAAGUUGCGUUCAUUUACAUUUUAUCCUGGCUGCUAAAGGUGGUUUGGUAACAAAAGCCUUGAAUGUGUAUCAUGGAAGGCCCGCACUUAAGUUCAAGAAGGUAAAAGAUCUAUAUGAAACUGAAGAUGAAAAUUCUCUUGAGCCAUUUCCAGUGUAUAGACCAAAAGCUGAGUUUCAAUGUGGUGAGGCAGAAAGUGUACAUGUACUCACAGAAGAAAGAAAAAUAGAAAGUGAUGGUGAAACUGAAACUUCAGAGUCUAACAGCAAAGGUAUUGAUGUUGGAGCAAGGGAAAUAGAUGACCUUACCUUUGGCAACAUGACACUGAAACAAAUUAAAGAGAGAUGUAAAGAGAAGAGGAGGAAGUUCUCCACAUAUGCCGGUUUGUGCAAACAAAGUAUUGAAACUGGUUCUCUUGUUAAAGGGAACAAUAUAAACUCACAGUCUGAGGAGGAUGAAUAUGAUAUUUUGGAGCCACUCAGCUGUUGGAAAUCCAGAAUUCUAAACAAGAAGAAGGCCAAUAAAAAAGGCAGAAAUAAAACUGUCCAUGCUUCACCUCAAACUGACCUAUCUAUUAUGGAGUUUGAGGGAAUCCCCAGUGAUGAAAUUAUCUUUCAAUUUAGUGAAAAAUUUUCAUCUAUUGAUGUCAAACUUGAGGUUCCGGAGUUUACUUGCAAAGAUAUGAUUAUCUUUUCUUCAGAUUCCUCUUUUACUUGUAACGAGCUAGUGGCCUAUAAUGGAGUGGCACCUUGUGAAAAGCCUGAGGCAGCUAAUGGUUAUUAUUUGGAUAAUGGAACAUCAAUGGUAGCCAUUGAAGAGCCAGAUACGGCUAAAGGCUCUGUUUCUCAAAUUGGGAUGUCUGUGAUAAUCGGUGAAGAGUUGACAACUAAUGCUUGUGGUGUUGAAACCCAGAUGCCGAUUUUCUUCAGCAACGAGCCUCGGUGUUGUGCUACUAAUGGAGAAUCUUAUGAAUACAUGGAGCAUUGGGAUCUUAAAUCAAUUCCUGAUGUAAAAUCCUCAGGCAGGGAGAUAAUGCUGGAAGGUAUUGCAGAAGAGAUCAAUAAUAAAAUUUCAGAUUUUUCUUCUUUAGAAGCACAGAAAGACGAUAUUAUUGUAGAUCAUCCCAAAAAUGAUUCCUCUGAAUCUUCUUCCUGUGAGGAUCAUAUACCUACAUUGCGACCCCAAAGUUUUCAUUGUGUGCAUGAGAAGUCAUGGAAGACUAGUAGCAGCCAGAUUCAAAUGCCGGAUGUCACCGUUAAUAAUAAUCUUCAACGCAUUGACCUUAGCAAAAGAAGCAAUUCAUGUUUUCCUGAGAAUGAAAAUAAAGAUGGUGCAAAAGUUAUUGUAGCCAGUUUCAUAAGCUGCAAUAACAGAGAUUAUAGUUCACUUUGGAGUCGAAAUUUACAUUCAAGUCCAAGAAGCUGUUUAGUUUCUGUCGCUGAUAAUUCUCCUACAGCUGAGGGAAAACAAUCACCAUCUUCUGCUUGUGCUGAUGCAACAACAAGCUGUUCUCCAGUCAUCAACUCAUGCAUUGAUGAGCCUGUGAUAUCAGCAAAUCUGGAGGAUUGUCAUCGCCCAAAGAUGCAAGAUCCUCCUGAAAGGCUCUUUUCAACUAGAAAGGUCAUCUCCCCAACUUCUCAGAAAAGGCUACGUGAAGCUAUGGAAUCUAUUGAGUUAGAUGAUGAACAAUACUACAGGUAUGCAAGGAAGCUAUGCUAUAGGAAACAGAACGAGCAUAAGAAUAGUAGACUUGAAGGACCCGGUCAGCUCAAGAGAGCUGAAGUCAUCACUAGUCCCAAGAAAGUUGUUGGGAAACCAAGGAUAUGCAAAAAUGGUUUUCAUCAAAAUGAUAUUCGCAAGGUUCCUCAUACCUCUCAUUCCGCACAAUGUUUUAGUUCUGGGCGCACCUCUACCCGAAGUUCUUCAGAGAGUGUCAUUCUUUUCUCACAGCAACAGAUGCAUGACAUUGAAUCUGUUGUAACUAAACUUGCAAAAGAGUUGCAGCUCAUGAAGGACAUAGUUGAAGAAACAUCGCAGUCCAAAGUUUAUCCGGCUACAUCCUUGAAAUAUAGUGCAGAUGAGAUAAGACUUGCCAUACAAAGUGCAACAAAAGUUGAAGAAAGUGCAAGAAGAUCACUUUCUAUCAUGGCCAGGGACUGCAACCGUUUUUGUAAACUCAUGAAAUUGGCCGAGAAAGAUUCUGCUGCUUCUCGAGAUGGGUUCUGCAAGAAAAGGAAGAUUGUUUUUGCUGAUGAGGCUGGUGGAAAGCUAUGUGAUUUCAAGACUUUUGAGGAUGAAAUGGCUCCUUUUGUGGAGCCUAAGGGAAAGAAAACGGGAUCUGUUGAUUAAGAGAUGGAAAUCUUGCUAGCUGUACAAUUAUACAUCUAAUUAUGGAGUUCAAGCGCCAAAUUCGAUUCUCAAAGAGACUGUUAAGGCAUAUCUCCGGACGUAGUCUUAUGUUAUGCCUGAGGGGUGGAUUGGAAUGGAGAUAGGUACUACAGCUACAGAAUAGGAAGAGCUGCGACCAAAUUUAUCCUCAAGCAUGCCCGGUCUCAUCUCAUAUUGUUUAUUUCUUAUUCUCUUUUUAACAUGGAUAAUGCUUUGAGCUAUGUUGUACACAUCUUGUAAUAAAAAUACCUAUGCAUUCUUAACGACAAAGGUACAUGCAUCAAGCGGGGAUUCAAU